AUGGAACGUCUCAAGGUGAAGAGGACGUCGCGAAGGAGACAAGCUACGAGGCUUGUGGGAGAAGCCAAGACUGCACUGAGCAGCACUCCUAAUGAUCGGAAGACCGUCGAAAGCUUGUUGGAACGUCUACGCGUGAACCUUGAAGAGCUGAAAGAGAUCAAUGCCGAGUUUGAAGGUCAUCUCAAGGACGAUGAAUUAGAGGUGGAAUAUGAAAUGGCUCUGGAAUACGAAGAAAAUUCUAUAAAGGAAAUGUCUAACCUACGUGUCGCCUUGCAAGAGCUCACCUCAGUGUCGACGCCUGCCACUCAGGUGGCCGCUCCAACGAAUGUGGCACUACUUGGGACUCAGUCUGCCGCUCACACGCCGUCGCUUCAUGGCAAUCACGCUGGGACCCGUCUGCCAAAACUUCAACUGAUGCGUUUCCGAGGUGACCUAUCGGAGUGGCUUCCCUUUUGGGAACAAUUCAAAGGAACCGUACAUAACAAUAGUAACCUUUCACAACCAGAGAAGUUCUUCUACUUAAAGGGACUCUGA